GCCUGGUCCCUCUCGCUUCUCUUUGAUACCUCUGAGCUUGCUCACUUCUCUCCAGCCAUGAUCUGCAGACAGCAGGGUGUCCGAGGCGGGUCUCGGGGCUUCAGCUGUGGCUCUGCCGUUGUGGGUGGGGGCAGAAGGGCUACCUUCAGCUCUGUCUCUGUGUCUGGAGGUGCGGGCCGCUGCUCUUCUGGGGGCUUCGGCAGCAAGAGUCUCUACAACCUCGGGGGGAACAAGAGCAUCUCCAUGAGUGUGGCUGGCUCCCAGCAAGGCGCUGGCUUUGGGUAUGCAGGAGGUGUUGGAGUUGGUGGCUUUGACCCGGAGAUCCAGAAGGUCCGGACUGAGGAGCGGGAACAAAUUAUGACCCUCAACAACAAGUUUGCCUCCUUCAUUGACAAGGUGCGGUUCUUAGAACAACAGAACAAGGUUCUGGAGACCAAAUGGAACCUCCUCCAGCAGCAGACGACUACCACAUCCAGCAAAAACCUUGAGCCCUUCUUUGAGAGCUACCUUACUGUCCUGAGGAAGCAGCAGGAUGGCUUGAUCAAUGACAAAGGUCGCCUUCAGUCUGAGCUGAAGGUCAUGCAGGACAGCGUGGAAGACUUUAAGACCAAGUAUGAAGAUGAGAUCAAUAAACGCACAGCUGCUGAGAAUGACUUUGUGGUCCUCAAGAAGGAUGUGGAUGCUGCAUACAUGAACAAGGUGGAUCUGGAGGCCAAGACAGAAGCCCUUAAUGAUGAGAUCAACUUCUUGAAGGCCUUGUAUGAUGCGGAGCUGUCCCAGAUGCAGACCCGCACCAGUGACACGUCUGUGGUGCUGUCCAUGGACAACAACCGCUGCCUGGACCUGGACAGCAUCAUUGCUGAGGUCCGUGCUCAGUAUGAGGAGAUUGCCCAGAAGAGCAAGGCUGAGGCUGAAGCCCUUUACCAGUCCAAGGUACAGCAGCUCCAGGUUUCAGUUGACCAACAUGGUGACAGCCUGAAGAACACCAAGAGUGAGAUCUCAGAACUCAACCGGAUGAUCCAGAGGUUGCGGGCAGAGAUUGAGAAUGUCAAGAAGCAGAACCAGACUCUGCAGGCAUCUGUUGCUGAUGCAGAGCAACGUGGGGAGGUGGCCCUCAAAGAUGCCCAUGGCAAGCAGACAGAGCUGGAGGCAGCCCUGCAGAAGGCCAAGGAGGAGCUGGCCCGGAUGCUGCGCGAGUACCAGGAACUCAUGAGCGUGAAGCUGGCCCUGGACAUUGAAAUUGCCACCUACCGCAAGCUGCUGGAGGGCGAGGAGAUCAGAAUGUCUGGAGAAUGCCAGAGUGCCGUGAGCAUCUCCGUGGUUGGUGGUGGUGCCAGUGCUGGAGGCAUCGGUGGAGGGUUUGGCCUGGGAGGUGGCUGUGGCUUUGGCUCUGGCUCUGGAAGUGGUUUUGGGUUUGGUGGUGGAGUCUGUGGCAGUUCCGGCAGCAAGAUGAUCUGUACUACCAACCUGACCAAGAGAUCCCACCGAUAG